CAACAGUCGUAAAGGGCGGAAGUGGGAGCUACAGCGUCAUUAUUUGCACCAUGGAUGCACGCUUUACUCGUGGGAAGUCGGCUAUCCUUGAGCGAUCACUAACCCGACCAAAGACAGAUGUCAGUCUCAGUGCCUUUUCACUGCUCUUCUCUGAGAUUGUACAGUACUGCCAGAACCGGGUAUACUCUGUCUCAGAGCUUCAGAACAAGCUUUCUGAACUUGGACAGCAGGUGGGAGCCCGCAUCCUGGAUGUUCUGGUGAUGCGGGAGAAAAAUGGUAAGCGAGAAACAAAAGUCAUCAACAUCCUGCUCUUCAUCAAGGUGACUGUGUGGAAGGCACUCUUUGGGAAGGAGGCUGAUAAGCUGGAGCAAGCCAAUGACGAUGACAAGACCUACUACAUCAUUGAAAAGGAGCCCCUCAUCAACACAUACAUUUCUGUGCCCAAGGAGAAUAGCACUCUCAACUGUGCCUCCUUCACAGCAGGCAUCGUGGAGGCCAUGCUCACCUGCAGUGGCUUCCCUGCUAAGGUCACAGCCCACUGGCACAAGGGCACCACCCUCAUGAUCAAAUUUGAUGAGUCUGUUAUAGCGCGUGACAAAGCUCUGGAUGGCCGCUGAGUACAUGGUCUCUGAACUAAUCUGAAUUGUUCUUGUAUAUAUGUACUGUGACAGGAUUUUGAAAUAGCUGCCCUGACCACGUUUGAACUGUGUGUAGUGUGGGAAAACCAGUUGUUACAUCCCAUACGCUAGUUAUGACAGUGAACUUUUCUUCGGCAUUGGUACUAAUUACCCAGGACCAUUUAUUUUUCAGAAAUCUUCCCGGAUUCUAUUCUUAAUCUUUGCAAGAUUGAAAGUUGGACAGGCAAUGGAGAUUAUACAUUUCCCUGCCACGGUGUAGCUUAGCCAGUGAGCAGGGCUUAGGUCAGUGGACAUAACAUAAGAUGUAAGGCAUUUUUCUCUCCUUUUAAGCUACAUUUCUUUGUUGCUGCUCUACUGAAGUCAUACCUAGAGAAUAGUUCUGAAGCAUGAAUGUGGAUGGUCUGUUUGCAUUUAGAACGAGCUAGAAAGUUCUUGUGGCCAUGUGUUGCUGCUUAGGUGGCCUCGAUGAGUUCUCGUUGGGUGCUCUGUCUUACUUGCGCUCGUGUCUGUGGGAAUGAGCUGGAACUGGUUUAGCAAAGUCAUUUUAUUCUGCAAACUCUUAAUCAUUAUGUUCUGGCAGCCUUUAAUGCUGGUCUGAAAACAGAAAGACAGCAGAGGUCUAAAUCUAAUACUUCUCCCCCCAGUCAGGCUUGGAAUGUGCUGAGUAAUGCAUGUUUGGGAAUGUUUGAGAGCUUGAUCCCCAAGAACAGUCCACCCUUAACUGAUAACAUAGCAGAAAAUGGCCAUCUCUGACAAGGAUUCCCAUGGAUGGGUGUGUGUGUGUGUGUGUGUUUCAUUAUUUCGUUUCUAAAAAAGAAAAUACCAAGAACCUAUAGUUGAAAGAAGAUUGCUUGCUGGGCUAUUUUUUAAAAAUAGUUUCAAAUUAUUCCAUUAAAUACUAAAGGUUCUGAACAGUCUGUCCUUGUUGCUCUCCUACUCAGUUAAUAAACUAUGUUGAAUAACCA